GAGCGUCAUACUGGCGUCAAGCUUGCACAGCUUUCCGGUCACUUCCAAGGGGUAUAUAAGGUCGAGGAUAUUCGAUUAUUUUUCCCAAUUCCCUCUCUCUACACACACAAGACAAACACUCGUACAACUUUACACUCAUAUUCAAUAUCAUCAUCACAAUGGCUGACACUGGACGUCAAUCUAUGACCGACAAGGCUGCUGCUUCUAUGAAGCCCGAGUCUCAGAAGUCGAUGACCGAGCAGGCUGCUGACAAGGCCAAAGGAAUGUCCGACUCGGUCGCUUCUACUCUGCAACCGCAGAGCGAGAAAUCCACCACUCAGAAGGCAGGGGACACCGUGAGCGGCAAUUCCAACGAAGACCAGGAGUCUUUGAUGGGAAAGGCUAAGCAUGCCAUGGGCAUGGGCGGUGCGGAGAAGGAGUAAUUUAUUCAUUUCAUGCGAGUGUCUCAUAUACUGUAUCAUAUG